AUGAAAAAAUUCUUAAUUUUACUCAUUCUAAUUGUUUUAUGUUUUUCAAAAGCAGGAGAUUGCACCAAUGCAUAUUGUGGAGCUUAAUUAAAAGCAUGCAAAAAUGGAGGAAAUUGUGAUUAAACUGCUGCUAAAUGUGCUAACCAAUUUAAAUAAUAUGUUCAUCGUGCUUAAAAAUCUGGUUAAUAUAAGGGAACAGAAGCUGGAUAUCAAGAUGUAAGAUAUUUAUAAUCUUUAGUUCACCUACUGUAUGAGCACUAAUUAAGCUGCAAAGAGCUUAAAUAGUUGCAGUAGACAAUAUUGCAAUAAGGUGUUAUAUGAAGAGAGUAUCAGAAUAGAUGAGAUUAUUUAGUCAUAUUGA